GGGGGGUCGAGGGAGAACCUGAAGGGGGCAGGGCAGAAGGGAACCCCGGAGCCCUGCCGCCAUCAGAGAUCAAGCAUUUGGCAUCAGGGAUCUUCGGACCCAGCAGAAGGAUCAGCCACAAGGGAGGUGUCCUCCCUAGGAAGCCAACGAGAGAGAGUCACCUGCCCCACACCAGGAGCAGGGACCCCUCAUGAGGCUGCUGGCAACCAUCUCAGGCCCCUAGACCCUCAGCCUCCUCCUUACCGCCCUGCUCUGACUCUUUCCCAUCGCCUUUGGCAGUUGUGCCUUUGCUCCCGCCCUCUGAACCCCGGCGCUUCAGCUACCACCCAAACGCCCCAGGGCUUGGCCGCCCUGACCCCCAUCCUGGGAUAUUUGCCAGAUCUCUGGGAGGGAGCUCGUCUGUUUGGGCUAUGCCCCCUGGUGGCCUGACAGUGUCUGCCUAGACCCCUGACCCCUAGCCCUCAACUCCCCAGGCCUCCUUUGUGUGAAGAGCCCUCCUCUGCUCAGCACUGUGGUUGGGGGCCAAAGGGAAAGCCGGCCCUGCUGGGCCCCUGGGCCCUACCACCUGCCUCCUGGUUGGGCAGCUUCCCCAGUCUUUGGGCCUCUCCCUGCGCCCCCUGGCCCCUCCUCCUGGGCCGCCCCAAUGAAGGAGCCGGAUGCCAUCAAGCUGUUUGUGGGGCAGAUCCCGAGGCAUCUGGAGGAAAAGGACCUGAAACCCAUCUUCGAGCAGUUUGGUCGGAUCUUCGAGCUGACUGUCAUCAAGGACAAGUACACCGGGCUGCACAAGGGAUGUGCCUUCCUGACAUACUGUGCCCGCGAUUCAGCCCUGAAGGCCCAGAGUGCCCUGCACGAACAGAAGACUCUCCCAGGGAUGAACAGGCCGAUCCAGGUCAAGCCGGCCGACAGCGAGAGUCGAGGAGACCGGAAGCUCUUUGUGGGGAUGCUAGGAAAGCAGCAGACAGAUGAGGACGUCCGGAAGAUGUUCGAACCAUUCGGGACCAUAGACGAGUGCACUGUGCUCCGGGGGCCAGAUGGUACCAGCAAAGGCUGUGCCUUUGUGAAGUUCCAGACUCAUGCUGAGGCCCAGGCAGCCAUCAACACCCUUCACAGCAGCCGGACCCUGCCGGGUGCCUCAUCCAGCCUGGUGGUAAAGUUUGCUGACACAGAGAAGGAGAGAGGUCUCCGCCGAAUGCAGCAGGUGGCUACCCAGUUGGGCAUGUUCAGCCCUAUUGCCCUCCAGUUUGGAGCCUACAGCGCCUACACCCAGGCCCUGAUGCAGCAGCAGGCGGCCCUGGUAGCGGCUCACAGUGCCUACCUCAGCCCUAUGGCCACCAUGGCUGCCGUGCAGAUGCAGCACAUGGCUGCCAUCAACGCCAAUGGCCUCAUCGCCACCCCUAUCACUCCAUCCUCAGGAACCAGCACCCCUCCUGCCAUUGCUGCCACGCCUGUCUCUGCCAUCCCUGCUGCCUUGGGUGUCAACGGCUACAGCCCGGUGCCCACCCAGCCCACGGGGCAGCCUGCCUCUGAUGCUCUGUAUCCCAACGGGGUUCACCCUUACCCAGAUGAGGCUCUGUCUGCUGAGAGAAGUGCUGGUGGGGUGCCCAAUGUGUCCCAGACCCACUCAUGGCUUGUGAUGCUCUCUGCAGCCCAGAGCCCCGCAGCCCCUGUGGACCCUCUCCAGCAGGCCUAUGCAGGAAUGCAGCAUUACACAGCAGCGUACCCUACAGCCUACAGCCUGGUUGCACCUGCGUUCCCGCAGCCUCCAGCCCUGGUCGCCCAGCAGCCCCCUCCACCACCUCAGCAGCAACAGCAGCAGCAGCAGCAGCAGCAACAGCAGCAGCGGGAAGGCCCCGAUGGCUGCAACAUCUUCAUCUACCACCUGCCCCAGGAGUUCACGGACUCAGAGAUCCUCCAGAUGUUUGUCCCUUUUGGUCAUGUCAUCUCAGCCAAAGUCUUUGUUGACCGGGCCACCAAUCAGAGCAAAUGUUUUGGCUUUGUGAGUUUCGACAAUCCGGCCAGCGCCCAGGCGGCCAUCCAGGCUAUGAACGGUUUCCAGAUUGGCAUGAAGCGCCUCAAAGUCCAGCUAAAGCGGCCUAAGGAUGCAAACAGGCCCUACUGAGGGCUUCAGGUCUGGAGAUACCAGAGGAAGGGGCACUUCACGCCCUCUUCCCAUGACUGGCCCGGCCUUCCCUGCACAUCUACCUUGGGCCUUGAUUGGACUCUAGGGCAGAAGCUGCUUCCCGGCCCUGAGGGCCCAGGCCCUGGCUCACUCCCACCACCUUGCCUCUCUGAAGGGCCAUGGCUUUGCUAC